CUUCCCUGGUCCAUCCCUCCCUCUUGUUUGGUAAUCAUUUCAUUUGACUCCUUUUUGAAGCAGUCGCCCGUUUUAUCCCACUUUUCAUUUCGCAAUCCCGUGCGCGUAUGCUCGCCUUCUUCUUCAGAGCAAGUUCGCGCUCACCCCGCUCUCUCCCCGCGCCGACGAGAAGGUCUUCUUGAUCCCGGCUGAUCGUUCUCCUUUGAGAUGCUCCACAGCUCGAGCGCUCGCCUUCUCUCCACCCUCUUUUAACUAGAGACAGUUUAAUCUUUUGUGAACUGAACUUGGGUUUGGAAUCUAAAAGAAAGAGGAACACCCAAAGGGAUACGUUAACACGUCUCCGGAUAAGGACCUCUAUCGCUUUCCCCUUGUAGCACUUUGGGGAAGAUUUUUUUCCCUUUCACUUGGUUUUUGUUAAUCCAGGUGGCCUUGUUCUGAAAGUGCAGAAGGAUUAUUCCACUCGAGCUGGUGUAGAGAGACUGUUCUCCAUGUUCUCCAUCCAGGACGGUCUCCCGCGGGGAGCCUUGACCAUGAAAGAAGAGCCCCUCACGAGCGGCAUGACGCCGGUCCGCUCGUGGAUGCAGAGCGCGGGGAUUCUAGAUGCCAACACAGCGGCGCAAAGUGGUGUGGGUUUGGCAAGAGCCCAUUAUGAGAAGCAGCCUCCUUCAAAUCUGCGCAAGUCAAACUUCUUCCAUUUCGUCCUGGCCCUUUAUGACCGACAGGGGCAGCCCGUUGAGAUUGAGAGAACCUCCUAUGUGGACUUUGUGGAAAAGGACAAAGAAUACAAUGGCGAGAAGACCAACAAUGGCAUCCACUACAGGUUACAGCUUCUUUACAGCAACGGAAUCAGGACAGAACAGGAUCUGUUUGUUCGGUUAAUAGACUCCAUGACUAAACAGCCAAUCCUUUAUGAAGGCCAAGACAAAAACCCAGAGAUGUGUCGCGUUCUUCUCACCCAUGAGAUCAUGUGCAGUCGAUGUUGUGACAAGAAGAGCUGCGGGAACAGAAAUGAGACACCAUCCGAUCCUGUCAUCAUAGACCGAUUUUUCCUGAAAUUCUUCCUAAAGUGUAACCAGAACUGUUUGAAAAAUGCAGGGAACCCCAGAGACAUGAGGCGAUUUCAGGUGGUGGUGUCCACCACAGUUAACGUGGACGGCCAUGUGUUGGCUGUUUCAGAUAACAUGUUCGUCCACAACAACUCCAAACAUGGGCGGCGGGCACGACGCCUGGACCCCUCUGAAGCAGCCACUCCAUGCAUUAAGGCCAUCAGUCCCAGUGAGGGAUGGACGACUGGGGGGGCCACCGUCAUCAUCAUUGGUGACAACUUCUUCGAUGGAUUGCAGGUGGUCUUCGGCACAAUGCUGGUUUGGAGUGAGCUCAUCACACCUCAUGCUAUCCGGGUGCAGACGCCCCCAAGACACAUCCCUGGGGUCGUGGAGGUGACACUCUCCUACAAGUCCAAGCAAUUCUGCAAAGGAGCUCCGGGACGCUUUGUCUACACAGCUCUGAAUGAGCCCACCAUAGACUACGGCUUCCAAAGGCUGCAGAAGGUCAUCCCUCGUCACCCUGGAGACCCUGAGAGGUUACCUAAGGAGGUACUGCUGAAGAGGGCAGCAGACCUGGUGGAGGCACUGUAUGGGAUGCCGCAUAACAAUCAGGAGAUAAUUUUAAAGCGUGCAGCAGACCUGACAGAGGCGCUUUACAGUGUGCCGCGGAGCCAUAACCAGUUGCCCUCGCUGACGGGCUCCAGUGCCCACUCGGGCAUGAUGGGAGUUAACUCUUUCAGCAGCCAGCUCGCCGUCAACAUCUCUGAGGCCUCCCAGGCAGACCAAGGUUACUCUCGCAACUCAAACAGCGUGUCUCCUCGUGGGUACGUGCCGAGCUCCACACCCCAGCAGUCUAACUACAACACCAUCACAUCCACCAUGAAUGGAUACGGAGCUGGCAUGACCAACCUGGGAGUCCCUGGAUCCCCCAGCUUCCUCAAUGGCUCUGCUGCCAACUCUCCUUACGCAAUCACCCCUUCCAGCCCUCUAUUGGAACCUCAUGCCACCUCCUCUUCCUCCGCUUCAUCCAUCCCUUCUUCCAUCUCUCUGUCUGCGGGCCCUUUCUCAUUCUCUCCUGUCCAUAUGAUCUCUGCAGUCAAACAGAAGAGCGCCUUCGCGCCUGUCGUCCGGCCACAGACCUCCCCGCCCCCCACCUGCACCGGCACCAAUGGGAGCAGUCUACAGGCUAUGGCCGGCCUGAUUGUCCCUCCCAUGUGAAGAGGAUCCUGAUACUCCUCAAGGCUUCAUUAAGCCCACAAAAAACUCACUGGCUCACCAUACCUGUCUGACAAUUUCUUAUCAAACAUCACCAAUCGUAUGAGGAGCUGCCCAAAAAGAUCAUCGACACCUAUAAUAAUAAUAAUAAUAAAAAGAAAAUCAAGUGUACCUGGCCUGAAAAUGUCUCUUGUCCUGAAAUGUCAAUAGAUUGUGUUUGAUUGCCCUAUACAACUUCAUCCUUGGUGACUUUGAGAACACUGAUGUCAAUACCCACAGCUGCAGGUGGCAUUUUGAGCAAGAAGCCGAGAAGCUGUCAGGAAAUGGAUAUUCACGAGAUUAGCACAAUGUGAACUACGAGCUGGGGUUUUGAAAUGGAAAGGGGCUUCCCACUACGGGGUCAGUCCUUGUCCGUUGGGGCUUCUUUGCUUGGCCACUCUCUGUUCAAUUCACAAGACUUUCUUGUUUCGAUGGUAAGAGUCUAUAUCACAGGAGCAAUCUAACACAAUCAGAUGGGACUGGGACUGUAAUGCCAAUCAAAAAUGACCCAUUCCUAUUUACGAAAUGUAAAGUCUUUGGUUUUUUACAUCAAUGUAAUUGUAGUUGACUUUUUUUAUUUUUACCAUCCAAGUAAAAUGGUGCAGGUGACCUCAAUCAAUGUGGGAAUCAAAUAAACUGAGUAAUGCACAAAUACAAAACGAUUCCAGAUGGAAAAACUCCAGCCAAGGUGGAUGGAUGUCAGUCAUUUUUAAACAUACUGUUUUUGUAGUUCCAGUGUAGUUCCAGGUGUAUGGAUAGGUAGAUUUAAGCCAGGAAUGCUUUCUGCAGUUUUAAUCAAAUUCAUCAGACUUAUUGUUGGACUUCUUAUUGUGCUUUUUGUAUGUAUUUAUAAAGUUUGUUUUGGGAUUCCUCCGGUGAGUUAGGCCUAAUUAAUAGUAUCAAAUAUCUGUGUCAACUCAUUUGAUGUCUUAAUACCUUUUAGAUAUUGUAAAAAGAGCGAAAAAUUAAAGGGAUUACAAUUGUUUUUGUAAAAACAAAAAUGACAAUGAAAAAAAAAAAAAGAGGUCUGAACAUGACCAGGACACCUGUUUUUUAAAAGCAGGGUGCAAAACUCCAACACAUUUGUAAAAAAAAUACAAACUUUUUUUUUCAAUUGUAUAUUUAAUGUUUUCUUUUUGCAAAAAGCAUUUGUGUUUGUUCUUCCUCUUGUCUUGUGUGUUCUUGUGAAAUGUGUAUGAUCAGUUAUUUCCUAAUGCACUUUUUGUUGGGGCACUUACAAGAACGAUGUAUCUUAGCAAGCAGAUGAAAAUGAUGCUUAUAAAGAAAAAAAAAAGAAAAAUGUAUUCCAAUAUGCACCAGUAUGUUUUCAGAUUGAUUAUUCUUUGCUUUGGUCAUGAUAACUGAAAUGGCUUAUCCUUCAUCAUGUGAUUUUGUUGAUGUUUCUAAAAUGUUUCCAUAAUAAUUCUCUGUCCUUGUGAGAUUUAUUUUACAUUAGAUAUUUGUUGUUUCGCCACAUAGCGUUGACUAGUGAAAAGUCAGCAUUUCUAUGCUCACAUCUGAUGUGCUGAUAAAUACACAACAUGAUAAAUGUAUCACAUGUUCCCAAAUGGAUCAUAUCAGAGAAGUCCAAACCUGCACAGCACUGCACAUGCAAUUCGUUUUGACGUGAAACAAUUAAUUGUCAUCAGUGUUGCUGGCAGUAUUGUUAUUGCUGUCGCACACACAUGCACAAGUUAUGCAAUCUGUAGUUAUAAUAUUGCAAGCAACUUGCUAUCCACAUUUCAGUGGAAUAGCAGUGAAAUUAAAUAAAAGAAGGGGUUAUAAUGAUGCCUUAAAAUUUUAUGUGCUCCAACACAAUGUAUGUCUCAAAUCACAAAUCAAAAUAAUAUGGACCAGAGUGAUGUGCUUUGGCUCCAAUCUUGAACAUGCUUGUGAUAUGAUACAUAGAAAUACUUUUAAAACGGCAAUGUUUUAGGUCGCAGAAGGGAAAAUGUGGAACAUAAUUACAAAAUAUGAUGUUGGUAAUCAUUACAGCUUGUUACACUACCAGAAAUUCAGUUUCUUGGUUAUGUUUAACACACCUAAAUAUCACUUACUGCGACCACUUAGAAACAAUGUAAUGUUAAUAUUCCAGUCAUGGAUUUUCCUAUUUUCCCGAAGAGAGUGAGUGAAUAUAAAUGUAAUAGUGUUUUCUGAAAAGCUCUUUUAUAUCACAGGUGACCUAAUUAAUUUACAUUCAUCCUUGCGGGGUUUAGUCUUAAAUGGCGUAAAGGAAAUACAAUUUGACAGUGUCCUAUUGUACAGAAACAGCUGAAUUUAUUCUCAAAGUUCACAAGAGAACACACUUCUCAGAGAUCCAGCCUGGCUGGAAACAUAUACACACACAAACACACACAUUUCUAUCCAUUGCAUUCAAUUUCUAAUAGCUUGUGAAAGUGUUUUUUUUUGUUUUGUUUUUUGUCAUAGACGUAGAGAGCUGGCUUCUUUGGAAAUGUUGAACUCCACAUGAAAUGGGGAAAGGUACUGCAUCUUUGUGAAAUAUGAAAUAUUAUAUCUAAAUAUAUCAAAGCACAAUGUUUAAUUAAUGUUUUUAGAACUCAAAUAGGGAGAUGUAUUCUACUUUCCUUUCGUCUCUCUGACCAUGCUGUAAAUAAAUGCAUGUUUUUUUUUCCUUUUUGUUUUUUUGUUUUUUUCCUGUGAUCCCGUGCUUUUUGUACAGAAACAGAAAAAUAAAGAUUACA